GUUUGGUUUCGGUCGGCCAUUACAGCAGGAAGUUCCUUUUCGGCUUUGAUUUGUUUUACCCCUCGCCGAUUCACGCAUUGGUUAGCUGGCCUCCUGCAUUAGGCCUGCAUCAAUCUGCAUAAUGAUUGCAACCUGACCUCAGCCCCCUGUCGCUGUUGGCAUCAAGUUCAUUGUAGCUAACUACAAAGCUUCCCCGCCCAAAUGGAGACGGAUUUUCUGUAAAUUCGUCUGUACCCCUGAUUCUAUGACUUAGAACAAACACUCCAAAUGCCUGUAUUGUGGACUGUCGACGAUGAAGUUCAAUUUCACCGGGCCGUUUUACAGCUAUCCAAGUUGAGGCAAACGCCUCGCCAGGAAGUCAAUUAUCGACAGCAAUACCAGGGGGACUCCAAAGCCUCUGGCUAUAUUCUGCGAUUCGAAGACGAAAUGCAACUGGCCGACCAUGUUGCUUUCGUUGCUCAUGGUUGUGAAGGGUUUUCGGAGAUUGCGGCAGUUUGCAUUGAAGAGCAGCCAAACCAGCAAGGGCUUCUCGUGCGGCUCACUCGUAACGAGCUGCGGUAUACACGAGAAGUCGAAAAUAUACGGGGACUGCUUCAGGUUCUAGAGGACUGCGCAAGUAAAGUCUCAGACAAAAAUGUCCUACAAAAUCAACUCUUUACUAAAGUACUUGCAAUUAGUGAAGGUCGAAUACUACAAAGGCUGAUGCCACCCUGGUACCCUGCACCAUUCCAUUGGACUGCGAAGCAGAGAAAGAACAGGACAUCGCUGCGCCACCGCAUGAAGACAUCGCUACUUCCUAUACUACAAGGAAGCAUACCUGACACGAUCCGUCUGAAGUUGAAUCGUAUCAUGGAGGCUUUGGAGCCGUUGGAAUCAAAGCAAGUCGGUCCCGACUUGAGCAAACGCGUCAAAGCUGUAGUCCAACUAUGCGCCGACGCAUCCACCAGCACAGACGGAAAAUCUCUCGAGUUGCAGCUCAAGCUUGUGCUAAACAUGUUCUCCGAAGCAGGACGAAAGGUCAUUGCCCAGAUCGACAAAAUUGCUAGAUAUUUCAACUUGUGCAAGGACCUAGCUAAAUUGGUGAUGAAAAGGGGCUAUCGCAACAUGUUCCAACAUAUCACUCUCGAGCCCGUCCUUUCCCCGCCACCCAUUCUGCCAAAAGGGGCGACAGGCCUUUGCUUUGUCCACGCGGAGGUACAGCUCAUAUUUCAUUACGAGCGUGCUCCAUGUGCACUAGCCCCUCGGUUCAUCGGUUGCAGUAAAUCUGCUUGUUUUCUUUGUGACUUACUUAUUCAACGACAUGGACGAUUCCACGUAUCCCUCUCUCACCAACGAAUAUACCCAAAAUGGACCGUGCCAGCCGUGGAUUGGAUGACCGAGAAGCAGGUCAAAGCCUGGCGACAGAUUAUUAGUGGCAUGACUCAAGAGCUUCAGAGUAUGAUAAGAAGGUUUACAAUAAACAAGGGAAAUGCCUUAUCAGCUCCGUUAGAAUCAAGGGCAUGUCUGCCACUCUCUUCAGUCCCUAGCUCAGUCGUUAUCCCUAUCGGCAUGUCGAAUCUAGGAACAGGGAGAACAGAGACUCGGGUGGGUCUGCCAUCGGUUAGCCACGACUUGUUGACAACGGAAUCAGAGAUUUCUUUGAAGAUAUCCCCUGAUGAUCUUCCGAUUUCCUAUAGAAUUCUCACGGAUGUCCGAAGUAUUCACUUCCUUUGCAGUCAGUUAACGGUAGUUUUCGACUUUGAUCGAGAAUUUAUGGGUACAAUAUCUCUCACAUCAGCAGCUGAGGCGCCUACUGCUUUUCAAAGUUUCGCUGUUGAGGAAUUAUCGUGUAUAGACGAUUUAAAGGUAGCGCCGAUAAAAGGUGAAGAAGACAUAGGAUUCAAGUUGCAAGUUGGAGGAAUUGAUGUGCUUCACGUUGAGUUUACAUGGGACUCAGCGUAAAUGGGUCAUCGCUGAGUAGCUAGCACAGGAAAUGGCUAGCAUGGGAUGGCUAGCACAGAGAGUAGCUAGCACGAAAUGGCUAGCACAGGGAAUGGCUAGCAUGGGGUGGCUAGCACAGAGAAUGGCUAGCAUGGGAUAGCUAGCACAGAGAGUGGCUAGCACGAAAUGGCUAGCACAGGAAAUGGCUAGCAUGGGAUGGCUAGCACAGAUAAUAGCUAGCGCACUGCCCAGUGGUACAUAAAGCCCUUUACUGCAAGCUCUUGUUGAGCCAAACGGCAGGCUGGAGCUUGUACAUAUCAAAUGCUACGAUGUGUUUAUUCAUGUCCG